UGUAGGACUACUAAAGUAAACAAAGAAACCAAACAACCAAGCAACUAAGCAAAGCAAAGCAAAGCAACCACCAAGAAUUAAUUUAUUUAUUUUUAAAAAAAUUCAUUUCCAAAUUCAAAGCCAUAUACCCAUUUUCUAAAUUUGACUGAUCUUUCCGAUGGGAUUAACGGCUCAAAACCCCAACGGAGAAGCCGAGGCUGUUCUUCUCCUUCCGACGUCGGAGAUUUUGACCAAAACCGGUAAAGUACCCGAAGACAAAUUCCAUUUCGCAUACAUAAUCUACUUCAUUCUGGGUCUUGGUUAUCUCUUCCCAUGGAACGCUUUCAUCACAGCCGUCGAUUACUUCUCCUUCAUCUACCCAGAUAUCAGCGUCGACCGUAUAAUCGCCGUCGUUUACAUGAUGGUCGGCCUUGUUUCCCUCAUCUUAAUUAUCUUAUACUCCCUUAAAUCCGACGUUUAUUUCCGUAUUAACUUGGGUUUGGGUCUCUUCAUCGUUUCACUGCUCGUCGUACCCAUUACCGACGCCGUUUACAUCAAGGGUCGGGUCGGGUUGUACGGUGGGUUUUACGUUACGGUGGCUGCUGUUGUACUUGCGUCCAUUUCUGAUGCUUUGGUUCAAGGUGGGACCAUUGGGUCCGCCGGUGAGAUGCCGGAGAGGUAUAUGCAAGCUGUUGUAGCUGGAACUGCUGGCUCAGGAGUUCUUGUGUCUUUUCUAAGGAUUUUUACAAAAGCUGUAUUCCCACAAGAUGCUGUUGGUCUUAGGAAAAGUGCAAACCUUUACUUUGCUGUGUCGGUAGUUGUAAUGGUGAUCUGCAUUGUUCUAUACAAUGUGGCACUUAGGCUUCCAGUUAUGAAGUAUUACAGAGAGUUGAAGAUUCAAGCUAUGAAUGAGGAGGAAGAGGAGAAAGGUCCUUUGACCGGAGCUGUAUGGAGAUCAACUUUGUGGGAAAUUGUUUGUAGAAUCAAAUGGUAUGGAUUAGGGAUUAUCCUUAUCUACAUUGUGACAUUGGCUAUAUUUCCAGGUUACAUAACUGAAGAUGUUCAUUCUGCUCUUCUCAAGGAUUGGUACUCAAUCGUUCUCAUUACUGGCUACAAUAUCUUUGACUUGGUUGGUAAGUGUUUGACCCCAUUGUAUCUCCUUCAGAAUACAAAGGUAGCUGUUGGUGGAACUGUUGUGAGAUUGCUGUUUUUCCCACUCUUCUAUGGUUGCAUUCAUGGUCCAAAGUUUUUAAGGACUGAGGUUCCAGUGACAAUAUUAACUUGCCUUUUGGGUCUUACCAAUGGCUACUUGACCAGUGUGUUGAUGAUUUUGGCUCCCAAGGUGGUUCCAUUACAACAUUCAGAAACUGCAGGUAUUGUGAGUGUAUUGUUCUUGGUUUUUGGUAUGGCUGCUGGUUCAGUUGUGUCUUGGUUUUGGGUUAUCUGAAGUUGUGAACAAAAUUUGUACAAUAUUUAUUGUUGGAUCCCUCGUUUAAGAAUAGGACAAAUGACCACUUUCUUUCUGGUAUCCUCCAUUCUUUAAAAGCUGUGUAAAUCCCACUCUUUGUUAUUAUGCUGUUGUUGAUAGUAAAUGCUGUUGUUGAUAGUAAA